GUUGGUGGAAUGAUUGACAUAUGACAAGCUUGUUAAAAAUCUGAAAACAUGCAUACUAAUCAAAAAUCGAUUUUUAUCUUUUUGAGUAAGUGCUAAGGGAUAGUUUUUGUAUUUUCUUAGAUCUUUAAUGAGCAACAGUGUGUAUUUUCAUAUCGUAAAUUCAAAAAACCAAACCGCUCAUAAACAGUUGUUUUAUAGAUGCGUUUAUAUUGAUUUAUUUGGAACAACCCUACCGGGCAUGAGUUUGAUAAAAGCAUGCUGUAGGAAACAUCUAAUUUUACCAAAAUCAGUUUUCUAAUAAGUUUUAUAAAACACAUUGACUUGUCGUUCAGCAAAUGUAAUAUGGAGGCUGAUAAUUCAGACAACGCUGACCAGAAGCACAAUGGUCCCAAAGCAGAUCAAGAGAAAAACGAAGAUAAAUCGUCAAUGAAAAUUUCUAGUUCUGAUUGGAAUAUAUUGAAGCUAAGCUCUCCAAAGGGCAAAGAGAAGGGAACCAAUCAAGAAGCAACUGACGAUGAUGACAUUCCUGGAGACUUUUUUGAUGACUUCCUCAAAGACGAUUUUAUGGCUGGACUCGACGUAGUAGAUGAGGAUGAAGAAGUAGAUGAAACAACUGCAGCUGAGGAAAUUGAUAAAGAUACAGAAGCUCAAAAGUCUGUUAAAUCAAGGCCAGGUGUAAAAGCAAGGAUAGCAAAGAGACCGACCAAUGAAAGAGUGCAAAAUCUUGCAAAUAAAGAUAAAGCCUCUGUGAGCAAAAACAACCAAGGAAAAGAGUCAAAGUCACAAGUCCGAACAUCUGAUCAUAAAAGUUCUGUGUCAUCCUGUAAGAAGGUGGAAACUGAAGAUAAGAAAAGUAAAAAGGCAGGGUCUGACGAUAAAAAAAGUAGAAAGACAGAGACUGAAGAUAAGAAAAAAGAUGAAUCCUAUGUGUCUGAUUCACGUAGGGACCCAAAGAAAACAAAACGUGAUAUUGAACGUGAUAAGGAGCGCUGUGAGAAAGAUAAGGAAAAGAAACUUAUCACAGAGAAACUGUCAUUAGUGGAAACUGGAUUAGUCCCACCAGGUAUGGAAAUGGAAAUAGAUGUAGAUGAAAUUAAGAGACAAAGAAACGAAAUUGAGCAGAUGAAAGAGGAGUUAGAUAAACUUCAAAGACCUAAAAGCAGAUCACCAAGAAGAAGGUCUCCUCGAAGAAGGUCUUCCAGUCGUGGGAGAAAUUCACCAAAAAGGAAAAGGUCAACUGAAAGACGGAGUCCUAGAAGAUCCCCUAAAAGAAGCCCUCGUAGGAAACGUAGUCCAGCACAGGAAAUGAAUUCCCCAAUGAGAAGGGCACUUAUCAAUGAAAUUGCUAGAGCAGAACAGAUAAGUCUCAGUCCCAUACGAGAAAAGAGGGAUGACAGAAGAAGCAGUCCAAGAAGAGGUAGUUCGCGCGAUAGGAGAAGUCCUUUAAGAAAAACGAGCCCAAGGGGCAGGGGAAGUCCAUUUUACAGACGAAGUAGUAGGAGCUCCAGCCCGCCAUACCGUGGCGGGAGGCGGUACUCCCCUGUACGUAGGCGGUCUCCGUCCCGCGAACGAGACAGGCGCAGACGCAGGAGCAGAACGCGCAGCCCUAAGCGGCCUAGGAAGGAGAAGUCUUUCUUGCAGGAGAUCGUCGAGAAGCUGAAUGAGACUGGUAGACCACAGAUGCCCAUGCAGGUGCAGGGACCUCCCCACGGCGGGCCGAUGUACCCGCCAAUGGGACCCCAGGCAUUAAUAGCGCCGCAGCCUAUGCCACACCUACAGGUCUUGCCAGCCCCACAGCAGGUGCCUCACCCUAUGCAGCCAGCUCCCAUGAUGCAGGCAUUCAUGCCUUCGGGUCCCGUGAUCGCCCCCGGUCCCGUACCCUCCCCCGUUCCUCCCCCGGCCUCUGUCGGACCGACAUUCCUACCCCAACCUAUGCAAAAGUACGACCAGAACUUUUUUAUUGGGGAUGCAUCGCUUCAGAUGCCCAUAAUGCCCCAGAUAUCUCCCAAUUCGGGCAGCAAGCAAUCUCUUUCAGGCUCUGGCAAGAAUCACAAGAAUGCGGGCGCUGCUAAGGUGGCGCUGGACUCCAAGGACGAAGUAUCUAAGCUAUUCCAAGAUAAGAAGAUUAGUUUGUCGCAGUUUUUGGCCAUAUCAGCGAAACCAGAAGGUUUGAUACAUCUUGUUUUUGUUAUAGAUUGUUAAAAUUUGAUAAACCUACAGUUUUACUUACACAUAAUUUUGAAUGAGUUUUCAGGCUUGAGUUUCAGGACAUUUAUUACCGAAGUGAAAAAUUUUACCACAGAAUCGUGUAUAUCAAAUUACUGAGUUUGUCUUUCUGUCCAGCUUCUUCGUCGAAUCCUGACGAAUUACGGGAAAAAAUAAAAGGUAGGUUGACAUUUAUUUCAUAUAUUUUUAUAUUAUGGUGACUGAUAAGUGAAAAUAAAAGUGACUAAACAUAAUGAAUUUUUAUCUUUUGAUAGCAUAAAUAUACAAAAUCAAAGCAACCCUGGUGUUUAAUAAUAUCAUACUGUCAUGCAACCUCUGAUUUAUAAAUAUAGAUCUGUGGAACCCUAUGUAGCAUGUCUUAAAGCUACAGACAUUGUCUAGAAUAUUGAUUAUAUUUUGGACUUUGUUAUGCGAUAGAAAGCAAGUGGUGAUGAGCAGCAUAAUUUUAAGAAGUGAGCAAUUUAGAGACACAGUAAUUGCUUUGACGCAAUUAUUCCAUAAUAUUCAUAGCAUAAAGCAAAUGUUUAUUUUGCAUUGUUUAAUGCAUUAGACAACGUCCUAUUUUUCAUGAAUUAUUUCCGGUCUAUCGUAUUACCUAUUGUUGCAGAUCCUGGAUACAUACAAGGUCUGUCGCAAACUAUACAGGACAUUCGAAAGUUAUCCGUUGGAUAGGUACAUCUUUCAUUGAUGUCCUGUCCAAAUUUCAUGACAAUCAAACCACUUCUCGCGGAGUUAUCGCGCUCAGUGACAGUACCUUUUUAGCAUCGGUCGAAAAAUGAGCAUCGAAUAAAUGUUGAUGCAAGUGUAUGAUGAUGAUUGUUUAUCUCUGGCCGUGUCCACGAGUGGUUUACACGGUUCAUAGAGGGUCGUGAGUCGCUGGAAGACGACGAACAUGUUGCCCAGCCAAAAUGUGUGAUUAGGCCGGAAACAGUCGAAAAAGUGCGUGAAUUUAUCAGAAAUGAUCCAAAAUCUUCAUUGAGAUACAUAGAAAUGGAAUUAAAUAUCUCUAAAGAUGCCAAAAAAAUACGAAAACUUUCUGUAAAACGUUGUGACUGGUGACUAAACGUUGCGUUUUCAAUACGAUCCCGAGACCAAGCGUCAAAGUGCCGAAUGGAAGCACCAACGCGAGCCAGAUAAGAAAAAGAGCGGUUUGGAAAACUCCAAAGUUGAGACCAUGUUGAUUUGUUUCUACGAUUCGAAGGGAAUUAUUCACAAAGAAUUCAUUCCACCGGGCCAAACGGUUAAUGCUGUGUUUUGUCUCGGUGUUGACAAGCGUUUGCUGUCGCGUAUUCGUCGUGUGCGGCCAUUAUAUCGCGAAGAAUGAAGCUGGCGCGUGUUGCAGGAUAAAGCAACUUCUCAUCGAUCGACGCUUGUGUCCGAUUUUUGACAAAAAAUGGCAUUUUAACAAUCAACCACUCCCCAUAUUCUCCUGAUGUGGCACCGUGUGACUAUUUUCUGUUCGGUAAACUACAUUUGACCUUGAAGGGACGUAGAGGCCAUCCAAAAGGCGUCAACGACCAUUGUGAAGGGCAUCCCGGUCAAUGAGCUAAAAUCUUGGUUCGUGCAAAUCGCUGUAUUAACUCUGGAGGAGACUAUUUUGAAUAAAAUAAAUUCGAUUUUCCGAAACAAAAAAAUGUUUGUUCAUUUUUUUUUCUUUGUCCUGUUUACUUUGCGACAGACCGUGUAUAUUGAAAUAAACAUAUCAUUUUACAAUAUAAUAAUUAUAUGAAAGACCAUAACUUACAGUCUUCUAGAAUACGUCUUUAUUUCUCCUUCAGUGAUUCAUGCCUCUAGACAACUUAACCCUCUAUCGUUUUAUAACAAUUUUCCAAUUCCAAGAUAGCAAAGAUUUUCACGUGCUUGGUAUUCUCAUAGCGAUGUAUCAAAAUCUUAACUCUGUAUAUAAACCAUGUACCUUCAAGAUUCAAAAAUCGUUAGAAACAUCUAAAGACUGGGAAGGCAGACCAUCUUGAGAUGUUAAAGGCGAAACACGAAAUACAGUGACGUUUAUGUAGAUUGUAUAUUUUGUUUUAUAUCAUAAAAUAGUGAGUUGAAAGAAAUAAACUUGUCAGAACAAAAAUGUGUGACGUACCCUCCUAAUGGAUUCUAGUCAUAACCCGAUGCCAGGAAGCCAUCAAAUUCCUCAACAAGGCCGAAAAGAAAUUCUCUGGGAGACUGUACGUACACAAGACCCAACCACCAAGCUUAGCCAAGACUAUAUCGCCCUUGAAAAGGAUAGCCCAGGUGAAGAUACCGUUCACGGAGCUGCCAUCCAAAGCCGAAAACGUCAGCGCGUUCUCAGGUCGCAUAGAGAGACUGAUACAACAUCUUGGACUGCAGAGCGAAGUCAUAGAAAUAGAGGAUAAGGAGGAUAAGAAGACGUCUCUUCCUGCACCGCCUCCUCCUUCAAUAUCUGCCUCAACAGUCCAAUCAAGACCAGGUGUAGUCGGCUGUCCAGACUGUGCUCAACGUAAAAAGAUACUGUACAGAUCCACUGGCACGCAGUACAGCGAUGAUCAUAUGUCAUACUCUAUUAGUACUCAAGUUUCAGAGGAUGAUCUUCGUACUAAUAGGAUCCCAAAGAACCAAUCUUUGGCGUCUUUAACUCCUGCUCAAUUGCUGGCUAAGUCUCAGUUUGGGGGUAGUAGCAAAAUGGACAAAGAUGAGUUUGAUAUUUUUCCUCAAAAGCAUGAUGGGUACUUGCGAGGGCCAGGGUCUGGUGGAAGGAGUAGAGAAGGCUACGGAGGCGGUGUUGGUAGGAAUAACUUCGAGUCAGAUUAUAGAUAUAGGUUUUAGAUUAGAACACCUGUCAGAAGUGUUGAAGUUAACAGAAGCUUUGCUUGAAAUAUAAAUUGAAUAAUGCAUUCGCCAUCAUUAAACUUAAUGAUACAUCAACAUUGAUUGUAUGGUCUUUAAAAGCGUAAGGUCUCGCUAGUGACUUCCUGGGUGUAAGAUUUCGGUGUUUUUUUUUUCAGUAAAACGCAUUUCGAGCGUCGCUAAAGCAGGACUCUCAUCGAAAGCAGGAUAAUUCAGUUUUCAUUGUUUUUUAUCUCUAUUCCCAAUGGCUUCAACUUUGCCCCAUUUGUCUAUACUUCUUAAUCUACAUUCAUAAUUAUUUGCAUAUAGUCGAAAUCACGAAAGAUGACGAUUACGUCAUCAUUUUAGUCUGUAGCAAAGACUAACGACAGCGAUUUGUAGGAAUAUUUUUAAUGAAGUUUCAGAUGUAUUAGACAGAGACAAACAAUUGUAUUGUCUAAACAAACUGUAUUGCUAAUUUGCAUGUAUUCGACAAAGAUAGGCGAUGUUUUCAUGUUGCGUGAUCGAUCAUAUUUGAAAGAUGAAUAGUUAGGUUAUGUUAAAGCAGGUUAGGUUGUUUUCGAAUAAGACUGGUCUUUGGUGUUCCUGUCUUAAAGUAUUCUCCUCAUAACAGUUUUUUUCAAAACAAAAACACCCCACUAAAAUUAUUAUUAAGGUUAUCACUCAAAACCACGAAAUAAAAUAAAAAUAAAAAUAAUCAGUGCAAUAACCUAACUUCGCAAAAUCAUAAUAUAAAUUUGUUGUCAUUAUGUUCCUGACAUCGUGAUAUAUCAUCGGCGAACGUCCACUGAUUACUUCGGUACAAUUUAUGAUAUGACGUAAUAGUCAUCUUUUGUGAUUUUGACAAUAUCAUAUACGUUACUAGAGUAACGAAUUUCUGAGUGAAGCUUCUGUUAAUCUCAUAAUAGUUUCUAUAUAGAAUUAUGGAAAGUGAAAUAUUAUUGAAAUGACAUGGUCUUAUUAAGUUUUUAUGUCGACAUUAGAUUUAUUUCAAAUUAUUUUGUGGCUUAAAUGUAGUUUAGUUUUAUAUUGCAAUAAUUUUACGAACAUACAUGUAGUUAAUGUCUACUGAUGUGUAGAUACUGUGAAUAAAAACACGUUGCAGCAUAUAUUUUCUUCCAUAUCAACCCUAUGAAAUAC